CAGCGCCGCCAUCAUCAGUUGUUUUAGCCAGCGGAUGCAGAGCGGACGUGUGGGAGAGUGCUGCGCAUCGAGCUUCGCCCCCCUAAACCAGCCGCAUUUCGAGGGCUGUUGCGUCCAUCACCAGUGCGAAGAAGCCCCAGUCAGGGGAUGGGCGAGCGACGCGGUACCAAAGGCCUGGAGCUCUGGUGCCGGAAAAUGACCGAAGGCUACGCGGGCGUUCGCGUGGACAACAUGACGACGUCGUGGCGCAACGGCUUGGCCUUCUGCGCCCUCAUCCACCACUUCAGGCCCGAUCUCAUCGAGUUCGAGAAGCUGGACAAGGGCGACGUCUACGGCAACAACGAGCUGGCCUUCAGGGUGGCCGAGCACCAGCUGGGGAUCCCCGCGCUGCUCGACCCCGAAGACAUGGUGGAGUACGAGGUGCCCGACCGGCUCUCCAUCCUCACCUACCUGUCGCAGUUCUAUCAGUGCUUUGAGGGGCAGCGCGGCAAGGAGCUGGCGCCCAAGCGGCCGGCCACGCCCCCCGAGCCGCCGCCGCCCGCCGGCCCGCCCCCCACCACGGUGCGGACCACGGUGGGGCGGGCGCGCAGGGAGCCGUGCGCCCACUGCGACCUCCCCGUGUUCAUCGCGGAGCGGCUCAAAGUCGACGGGCGCGUCUACCAUCGCGCCUGCUUUCGCUGCGCCCGCUGCUCCCACCCCCUCUCUCUCGCCAACUACUACCAGACGGAGGGCGGCGAGUUCUGCUGCGAAGUCUGCCCCGAUGAGGUGCAGCCCGCGAUGGCGCGCCCCCUCAGCGACGAGGAGAAGAGCAGUAUGGCCGCCCCCGAUCUGUACAGCUCGCAUUGCGAGGCCGCCCUCGAGCAGCCGCUCGACGACGACCUGAAGCGCAGCGCCACUCUCACUCCCACUGCGACGGCGCGCUCUCUCUUCUUUUUGAGUCACAUGGAGGCGGAGCAGGGCACGCUCGCCCUUCCCUUCAAGGAGGCGGAGCUUAAGCGGGAGCUGGAAGAGGACGCCCGCGCUGGGGAAGAGGCGCGGCUGGAAGACCCGCCUGCCCCAGAGAGGGCGGAGCCUGGCAGGCCCGAAGAAGAGCCCGACACUCCCGUGGCCCCAGCAGAGGAGGAAAACAAGGAAGUUAACGAGAAGGCGGAUCCUGAUGACGCCCCAGCGCCAGUGGAGGAGGCCGAACUCAAAGACACUUCACUUGAGGAGGAACAGGGGCCUGUGGACGCCCCAUUUUCGCAAGAGGAAGUGGAACCCGCAUCACCCCCAGGGGAGGAGCGCGGGGACGCCCAAAGCGUCGAGGGAGGUGUGACGGUGGAGGUCGCCCCCGCUCCGGAGGAAGUGAAAGUGACUCCCAGUUUGGUGCCUUUUUACCCGCUAGAGCUGAACCCGUUCGGGGAGGAGGAGGAGGAGCGGCCAGUGCCGGCGGCGCGCACCAAGAAAAGGGCGACGCUCAGCCCGCCCACCCCCAGCAACCCCUUUGAGGAGGAGGACGACGAUGAGAUCACGGCGAAGCCCGAGGCCCACGGCAGCAGUUCCUCGCUGUCCAGCCGCAAGAAGAAGCCGGCGCCGCCACCGCCGCCCUCACUGGGCGGGACCAUGCGCAGUCGCAAAACCAAGCGGGCGCCGCUGCCGCCCACCGUGAGCCCCCGGCGGCUGAUUGCCGCCCCUGAGAUGUCGCCCGACGAGUUUCAGCCGCUGGAGGAGGACAAGAGCGCAGCCGGGCGGUGGAAGCGACGGAGGGCGGCGUCGCCGCCCCGGCCUGUGCCGCCCAAGCGGUCGGUGCCGCCCCUGCCGCUGCCCGAGAUCAGGCGCGAGCUCGAGUCGAUCGAGGUGCAGCAGCGAGGGCUGGAGAAUCAGGGCGUCCGCCUGGAGCAGAUCAUCAGGGAGCGCAGCGAGGGCGGCAACCCGGACGACCGGGCGCCGCCCGACGUCGAGGACCUGAUCCUGCAGCUGUUCGAGCUGGUCAACGAGAAAACSGAGCUGUUUCGGCGCCAGGCCGAGCUGAUGUAUCUGCGCCGCCAGCAGCGGCUGGAGGAGGAGCAGGCGGAGGUCGAGCACCACAUCAGGUGCCUGAUGGCGCAGCCCGAGUCCUCCAAGACCGACUACGACAAGGUGAUGGAGGAGACGCUGAUCGGGCGCCUGGUGGAGAUCGUGGAAAAGCGCAACCGGAUCAUCGACUGCUUGGAGAGCGACCGGCAGCGCAACAUCGACGAGGACGAGACCAUCAGCAGCCAGCUCAGUCUGUACAACGCGCAGCGCGCCGCCCCCGAGGGCCCCAAGAAGAAAAAGAAGCUGAAGAAGCUCACCAAGCUGCUGGAGCCGUUCAGGCACAAAAAGGACAAACACUGAGGGGCUGCGCCCCCCACAAACACUUGAGUGCUACUGUUGUGAUUCUUACUGUUAGUUUUAUUGAAUAAACACACUCGAUAAGUCA